CUUGAGUAGCGCUGCCAGUGAGCAGUCCCCUGCGUCUGUCCAAUUUAAAAAGAAAAAUACAACAAAAACGUGAAAAUAAAAUCUUCACUUUGUUACCAAAGAAAUAAAGAUCAUUUUUGAAAAUGUCGAAAGUGCUUCUGAGCAAGGAGUUGCCGGAUAUUGAGAACCUGUUAAGGCUCAAUCCGACGGUAAAGCCCUUCACUAACUUGGUCCCUUCAGCUCAAACCAAGAGGAAUAAGCAGCAUUGGAAGAGGAAUGAAGAUAGGAAAUGUACUGCCUGUCCAACUCUAACAAAGAACUUCGAUGACAUCAAGCACACGACACUAUCGGAACGUGGAGCGCUAAAAGAGGCGGCUCGCUGCCUCAAGUGCGCAGACGCACCUUGUCAGAAGUCCUGCCCCACUCAGAUCGAUGUCAAGAGCUUUAUCAGCAGUAUUGCUACUAAGAACUACUAUGGAGCGGCUAAAGCGAUUCUGUCGGACAAUCCCCUCGGCCUUACUUGCGGUAUGGUGUGUCCCACUAGCGACCUCUGUGUGGGAGGCUGUAACUUGCACGCUAGCGAGGAGGGCGCUAUCAAUAUCGGUGGAUUACAACAUUUCGCUGUGGAUGUAUUCAUGAAGAUGGGUAUCCCCCAAACCCUGGACCCUAACACGAAGCCACUACCAAAGGGUGGUGACCAGAAGAUCGCUUUAAUCGGAGGCGGACCGGCCAGCAUCAGUUGUGCUUGCUUCCUAGCUAGGCUGGGGUAUAAGGACAUCACUGUGUAUGAGAAGGAGAAGUACUUGGGUGGAUUGAGUUCAGCAGAAAUCCCUCAAUACCGUCUGCCAUACGAUGUUGUACAGUUCGAGGUGGACCUCGUGAAGAACCUCGGAGUCAAGUUCGUCACCGGCAGGAAGCUGUCCACUAAGGAUAUUACUGUAAAUGGCCUGCUGGAAGACGGUCACGCAGCCGUGUUCCUUGGUAUCGGUCUCCCAGAACCGAAGAGCAUUCCUAUCUUCAAAGGGUUGAACCAAGAAAUGGGUUUCUACACCAGCAAGGACUUCUUGCCUCUUGUGGCUAAGGGUAGUAAGAAAGGUCUGUGCGCUUGCAAAUCUGCGCUACCCGCCCUCCACGGCCACGUGAUAGUGCUGGGCGCGGGCGACACGGCGUUCGACUGCGCCACCUCUGCGCUGCGCUGUGGCGCUAGACGAGUCUACGUCGUGUUUAGGAAGGGAGUCACUAAUAUUAGGGCUGUGCCUGAAGAGGUCGACUUAGCAAAGGAAGAGAAAUGCGAGUUUGUGCCGUUCAUGUCUCCUAGAGAAGUCAUAGUGAAGAAUGGCAAGAUAGCAGCAUUAAAGAUGUGUCGCACUGAACAACUGGACGACGGAGAGUGGAUAGAGGAUGAAGAUCAAGUGAUGCAGCUCAAAGCUAACUUUAUUAUCUCCGCCUUUGGCUCCGGACUUUAUGAAACUGACGUAAAAGACGCGAUGGCCGGCGUUAAACUCAACCGCUGGGGUUUGCCAGAGGUUGAUGAAGCAACCAUGCAGAGUGCCAGCAACCCCAAAGUGUUUGUGGGCGGAGACUUGGCCGGGGUUGCGGAAACCACGGUCGAGUCGGUCAACGAUGGCAAAACUGCUGCUUGGUAUAUGCAUUGUUAUUUACAGGGCAUACCAUUCUCAGCACCAAUCGAACUACCGAAGUUCCACACUCCCAUCGAUGACGUGGACCUCUCCGUGGAAGUAUGCGGCAUCAAGUUCGAGAACCCGUUCGGUCUGGCCAGCGCCCCCCCCACUACCAGCACUGCCAUGAUCCGCCGAGCCUUCCAGCAGGGCUGGGGGUUCGCUGUUACUAAGACUUUUGGACUUGAUAAGGACCUGGUAACCAACGUGUCCCCCCGCAUAGUCCGCGGCGUAACGUCAGGCGAGAACUACGGCCCCGGGCAGGGCUGCUUCCUCAACAUCGAGCUGAUCUCCGAGAAGUGUGCCGACUACUGGUGCCAGAGCAUCACUGAGCUGAAGAAGGAUUUCCCACAUAAAGUAAUAAUAGCAUCAAUAAUGUGCUCAUACAACGAGUCUGACUGGACGGAGCUAGCUCAGAAGGCGGAAGCUUCGGGCGCCGACGCUCUGGAGCUGAACUUGUCGUGUCCGCACGGCAUGGGCGAGUCCGGCAUGGGGCUAGCUUGUGGACAGGAUCCAGUCCUAGUGAAGGGUAUCUCCCAGUGGGUACACAAAGCUGUCAAGAUCCCGUUCUUCGUGAAGCUGACGCCCAACAUCACUGACAUUGUCAGCAUCGCUGUCGCUGCUCAUGAAGGUGGUGCGGAUGGUGUGUCAGCUAUCAACACAGUGUCAGGUCUGAUGUCAGUCAGAGCUGACGCUACGCCUUGGCCAGCUGUGGGUGUAGAGAAGCACACGACAUACGGCGGCGUGUCGGGCAACGCGACGCGGCCCAUGGGGCUCCGCGCCGUGUCCGCCAUCGCCAACAAGCUGCCCGCCUUCCCCAUACUCGGCAUCGGCGGCAUCGACUCCGCCGACUCCGCGCUGCAGUUCAUCAUGUGCGGGGCUCCGGUUGUGCAGAUUUGCAGCGCAGUCCAAAACCAAGACUUCACCGUAGUAGAAGACUAUAUAACAGGCCUUAAAGCCCUACUGUACUUACGUACUAAAGGCCUACACGGCUGGAUGGGACAGUCGCCGCCCACCUUCAAACAUCAGAAGGGAAAACCCGUGAAAACUUUGUAUGAUGAAAAUGGCAAGGUACUAGCCCACUUUGGGCCAUACAACAAAAAGCGAGAAGAGUUACUGCACGAGGCCAGACUAAAAUCAGACUUACUAGCCGACAAUAAGGUUCAAACUUACCUGUCUAACGGCAUCAAUGGUGACCAUGAAGAAAGUGUGGAUAUUCCUAAGAUUAAAGAUGUGUUGGGCGAAGCAUUGCCAAGAGUCGGGACUUAUAAACAUCUGGAUAAUACGAAGCAAGUUGUAGCUCUUAUUGAUGAUGACAUGUGCAUAAACUGCGGAAAAUGCUACAUGGCGUGCGCAGAUUCCGGCUACCAGGCUAUCGAAUUUGACCCCAAGACUCAUAUACCACACGUAACCGAGGACUGCACUGGAUGCACCUUAUGUCUGUCUGUUUGUCCCAUUAUCGACUGCAUAUCCAUGGUGCCUAAAACUAUUCCUCACGUUAUCAAGAGGGGGAUUCGCUACGAUAUACAUCCGAUUUCACCUCUAGACGGAGUGUGCCAAUAAAUAAAACAAGAACCUGUAUCAAAAAUGUAUAUAAUAUUAUGCGUAAAAAACAGUAAUAAAAUAAAAAUAAUACAAAAUAAUAUCAAUCUCCGUUAAAAA